AUGAAUCAAACAGAAUCUAGUGCGGGCAAAGUCUUGUCUUUGCAAACCAAACUCUUUCUGAACGAUGGGAUAUCAGAGAACAAUAAGAAAAAUGUUAUACUGCUAAACCAAAUUGUACCGUUUAUUCUGAAUACUUCACAUUAUAUGACAGAUCUGAUGUACGUUCUGUAUUAUCUGGCACAAAAGCAGGACGACACAUUCUCAAAUGCAAACGGUACAUGUACGUCCCAUAGAGAAGAACUUCUUGCGUUAAAGAAUGAUAUUUGUGAACGAGUUUACGAUUUGAGGACAGGUUUCCGCUUAUUGCUGGAUAGUUGUGAGUUAGAUCAUUUUGAAACGCCAGGAAAAUGUCGACAUUUGAUUGAUAAAGUUUUAGUCAUCUCUAUUUAUGGAGUAAACAGAUUCAUUUUUCAGGAAUUGAAUAGAUUGAAUGUUGAUUUUAAAGAGGAAUUUACUUUACAAAUGCAGAAUUGUUUGUUAGGAUUCGUUAAUCUCUAUAAAUUUCUAAACAAGAUUCCCAUGAAUAAACAAGAGUCACAGAUGAACGAUUUACAGAUGAAUGUAUUAGUUAGUGUGUUGCAGAAGGAAUUGCUUCCCAUUUGGAAAUUUCAGUUGGAUCUUUUCAAUUGUAAAUUGUUUAAUGAGAUUUCUAAAGAUAAAGACUUGAUUAACAUGUACAGAGAAGCUACGAAUGACUGUGCUGUUGAUGUUAACAAGGGUGAGCCAUUCAUAAGAUAUGUCAAUUGGCUAAAAGACCAAAUUAUCGGUGAAAUGACAGUGUAA